GCAUAGGGUCGCAGAGAGUCGGACACAACUGAAGCGACUUAGCACACUACAUGAAGGUAUUUCCUUCUGCUUCUCCUCGAUUUCCAGCAGUUAUCAGCCCAGCACCAAGAACAAAUUAGAUGCCCAAGAGCACAGACUGAACUGCUCUAGAAAAUUUAAGUAUGAUUUAUCUGUCAAACAAUACUUUCUAGGAAUAUGCACCAAGGUAAAUCAAAAUCUCACCCAAAACAUCUAACAUCUUUGAGGCUUUGUAAAACCCAAGAAAAACGUGACCAUAUGAACAUUUAGAAGUGUGCUCUAAGCUAAAAUCUCAACUUUAAAUGGUGAAACUGCAUUACAAACAAUCUUUACACAAUUUCAAAAAGUUCCCAAUUAUGGUUCCUCAAUAAGAGUUCCUCUCUUUGGUUCUUCCUUUCUUAGAGGAAAAAAAAAAAAAGCCAAAACUCUCCUCAAAUACACACUCCCACACCUCACACAUACACACAGAAAUGGAGACUGUGAACAGAGGAAAGAUUAUUCUCGGUCUGGAACUCAAUCUGAUUCUGUUUUAUGUCGGGGUUGCAGACAACUGCAUCGUCUCAGUGUCUCAACUACCUGAACUUGAAGUGGACUACACGCAAAAGGUCGUAACCUUGUCCUGCUCCUUUUCCACAGUGGGGUGCCCUGCAGAGCAACCCACAAGCCUGUGGUUUCGCUAUGGGACUCACGAGUCUGAGAACCUGUGCUCUAAUGGAUGCAAAAGUGAGACAGACAAAUACACACUUAAGAAUCUGGCACAAAACCGGGUUUCCCUCACUGUGAACAGGCUGACUUUCAAUGACAGUGCAAUCUACGUCUGUGGAAUAGCCUUUCCCAACUCAAAGCAACCAAGAGCUAAGCAAACGGGAAGAGGGACUGUGCUUGUGGUGAGAGAGAUGAAGGUUCUCAGCAAGGAACUGCAGUCCGCCCUGAUAGCCCUCUUAGUCCUGUUCUCUAUCUACAUCACCAGUGUGCUCGUGAUCUUCAUCAUCCUCAUCAAAUCAAAAUCUAACACUCGAAGAAAGAAAGAAACAGAAGAGUCACAAAAGAAAAAGAGUGCUCGGCGUAUUUUUCAGGAAAUUGCUCAAGAGCUAUAUAAUAAGAGACAUGUGGAAACACACCAACAAACUGAAAAAGACAACACUUAUGAAAAUAGAGCAGCGCUUUCUAACUAUGAAAGACCAUAGAAGUCUUCUGACUUUCAAUGAAGUCACUGAAAAUUCAACUCCAGAUGCUAUGAAAGUAUUAGUGGAUAUACACCCAUCAGGUUUUUUUUAGAAAACAAUUUAAGGUAAAUGAAAAAGUCAACUAGCUACAAGAAGGACGCCAGAGAAUAUAAGGAAACUAUUACUAAUGGAAAUUACCAAAAUACUAAAACCUAACAAAAUGCAAUUGAAAAAUACUUUCCUAAUUUGCUAGGUAGGAGAAUUCUAAGCAGUCAAGCAUCUUCAAAAACUUCCAAUUAAAGCAUAUGUCCUCCUGUACUUGCUCCAUUCAACAUAACCACACGAUGACUGAUACCCUAAAGAUGAUCUGAAGUCACACCAAGUGCCUCAGUCUUGCCUAGAAGAACUGUCUUUACGGUUUCUAGACGUGGUGGGCCAACUAGACCAAGCUGGCAGGGAAAGAGGAACGGAGGGAGGAAGGAAUAUGUCAAAAUCUGAGUUAGAGAAAAAUCAUUUUGAACAGCAUUUCGCAAAUAUCAUUCUCUCUAGUGUUGCAAUGGGCCAGUGGUAUAGUACACAUUUUCCUGCCAGGGUAUGCAAAAUAACUUACAUCAUGCUACCAACAAAAAGUGAGAGCGCAAUAGAAUACAGUAACAUUUUAGUUAUUUUAACAAAAAAAUCCAAAGCAGAAGGUUGAGCCAGAGAAAACGUCAGAAUAAAUAAGCUACGACGGACUCUAGGUGUCAGUCUUGUGCCAAAUAACAGCAACAGGGAAGGCUUUUGGCAAAGCACUGGAACUGAUCGAGCCUUUGCAAUAUUUUUUUUUCUUUUAGUAAGUCACUGUAUUACACACACACACACAUUUAUACAAACCUACACUUUAUACAUAGUUGGGGCCAUACAGAGUAUACAGUUUUGUAUUAUGCAUUGCAGUGUGAUUUUUAACCAACUAAGGAGGGAAAUGGUAGACAAGGGGCAGUGUAUAGCAAGGAGGCUUAUGGCACUUACUACCAUCUCACUAAGAAAACAUGUUACAGAAUUGCUCUCUGAAAGUUACUUAUGUGUAACAAAAAAUCUAUUUAAAGUACCUGCAAGUAUAUAUCUGCUAUUAAACCUGAAUUACAACCUAUUAUUAAACCUGAAUUACAACCUAUUAUGU